GUUGAUGUCAAUUUAUUUAUAAAGCACUUUUUAAGGAUCAAGAACACAGCAUUCAUUCUUCAAAAGAUGAAACUCUGUGACUUCACUUUUGGACAGAUUUACCUUUUGCUCCAGUGUAAAUCCACCUGCUUCUCCGUUCUGCUGCGUUCCAGGUAAUAAACGCCAUAGAGCAGGACUUCAGACUGCCAGCUCCCAUGGACUGCCCGGUGGUGCUGCACCAGCUGAUGCUGGAUUGCUGGCAGAAAGACAGAAAUGCAAGGCCAAAGUUCUCUGACAUUGUCAGCAUGUUGGACAAAAUGAUCCGCAACCCUGCGUCUCUCAAAGCCGGCACCAGCAACAUGGCUCCUGGUCCUUCCCAUCAUCCUUUGUUAGACCGGGGAGCUCCGGACCUGAGCAGGGUGAGCUCGGUGGAGGACUGGCUGGCUGCUCUGAAGAUGACCCAGUAUAGAGACUCCUUCAUCGGAUCGGGGUUCACAUCUUUGCCCCUGGUCACACAAAUCACAGCUGAGGAUCUGGAGAGGAUUGGAGUGUCUCUUGCAGGACACCAGAGGAAAAUCCUGACCAGCGUUCAGUCGAUGAGGCACCACACUGAUGACCAGUCCCCCACUGAAUCUGUGUAGCCAUGGGUGAAGAAACACUUUGAUAUAUUUGAGUCUGUGAGCGAACAGACUUCUUUCUCACAAGUUUACUUAUUCUGAAGAUCUGUUAUUUUCCUUCACAAUCAUUAAAAACCCAUUUUAAAGACUCCAUUAAUGAUCUUGCAAUCAGUGGAGAUAUUUCUUACGGUAUUUAGCCUCUGACGUUGGAAUCCCACCCCUCUGGAAAUUUUCUGUACAGGUUUUAUUUGUUGACCAGACUGAAGACAGCGAAGAGCAACACUGUGGAGAAAGAAAACGACUGUCUGAUCUGAAGGUUAUCUCCUGAAAGGAAAGAAGAAAAACCCCAAAUUCUGCUUGCAGGAUAACUUUGACUUCAGCCCCUUCGCUCCACAAGCCAUUUUCAUCAAACUCAAUCGUUUAAGGAGGACAGGGUGUGUUUUUUUUUAUUUGAGGAUGAAUCAAACUAAGAAACUGCACUGUAAGAAGAAACUAGCUGAGGAGAUGUUUGUGUGAAUGGACAAACUGGACCAAAAGCCUGUCAGAAAAUGUUUCUGGAUGCAGGAGCGACAGCAGGCCUUCUUGUUUCCAGCAUGUUGUGUUGUGAGUAUUUAUUUCAUUGUGUCUGUGAAAACUACAACCAUUUGAAUCUGGACUGUUUAAAUGGGACCUUUUUGAAUCGAUCUUCACAUUGAAGAGUUAGUAAAUAUCGUUAUUUGGGAAUUUCUUCCCUCGUUGUUCAUUUACUUAAGCCUUUGCAACGUUACUGGAGUAUUUGUGAUCUUUUGGUGAUUUACUUUCCAUUUUAUUCGUCACUAUAGUGUAAACUCUAAAGUGUUGUUGACUGGAGACAACAAACACUUCCCAGUGCUCAGACAGAUGGCCCACAUAAAAUACAUAAUUCACACUUUUAAUGGAUGUUUUUGGGUCGCAUCAACGUCCCGAGAGGGAAAGUAAAUAUGACGGUACGGCUGGAUGACAACAUGCAUAAAGGCACAUGUCAAUGUAUUGUGGAAAGUUUGACCUGAACAUAUGAUAUACCUGCAUUAAACACAAAGUAAUCUGAUAUUUUAUUUAAAUUUUAAUGCUUGUGGCUAACAGCUAAUGAGCUACAAUAUCAUACAAAACCUACAUAAACUGACUGUCAGUGCAGAAAUGCUGUCCUGAUGAAAUGUGGUGAAUGUAGCAGGAAGAUGUGAUUUUCAUACGAUAUUUAUGAUUUUAUAUAAAUUUCAUGGCCAAACCAUUUGAUUUCUGAAUGAAAAAUCUUUUUUCUUUUUUUUUUUUUUUUUACUUACUUACUUACAGAAUAUUUACAUCUUCAGAGAAACUGAAUACUGGAUUUACAGUUAUUGGUCAUAAUUAUUAAAAUUAACUGAAGAUGCUGGAAAUGUAUCACUCCAUGAAAUGAAUAGUUAAUACAUGAUACAUGAUCUAUCACUUUUUGAAUUAAGGCAUUGACCUGCAUCGAUUUGUUUAUAAUAUUCUAAUUCAUUGUUAUGCGCCUGCAUAAGCUCAGGCAUUGAUUUCCCACCUACAAAGUAAAUCAAUUACCUGCUAUAUCCUGAGGUGUGGAGGAAGAAAGCAGCUUAAAGGACUGAGGGUGUGAAGUGAGACAAUAAGAGCCGUCCACGAUAUCUCAGAGGAGGUAUUGUGUUCCCAUGUUCGUGUGUUUUGGCUGCAGAUCCUAAAUCUGAAAGCCAGUCAAGUGUUAAUGCAGUGCAUGAACCAACCAGAAAUCUGGCGUUCAUCUUCUGUCCAUGACAAAUCUCAGCUCUGUCUAAAGUGUGUGGCUGGAAUCCAGAUGGAAAUCUUCCUCCUGCAGCAGGCAGUCUGGCUACACUUCCUGCAUCCUUUUUUUUUUCCAUUUAAAGGCUGUUGGACACGUCUUUGUUAUCAGAGUUUGUUCAACACUGACGCCUCUGAUUAAAACUGUUGGAGUAGUUUGUAGAUCAAAUAGGGUCAAGCGACCUAUUUGUGUUCUCAUCUGCGGACAGCAACUUUUUUAACACACACAGAAUUGAUUUGCUACAGUGAAGAUAAUGCAGCCGGUACAUGUGCUGAUUGUUUGUCCCGUUUCAGUCGUUAAUGAGAUGUUUGAUUCUCUUGUGAACGAGGCCUGAUCUUAUUGUGGAGAAGAAGUGCUUUUAUCUCAGCACGGAGCGGAUUACCAGCUGUGAAACAACUGCAGUCUCCAACCCAAACCUCCGGCAUCUCAAGGAUUACCCUUCAGUUGCUCUGAUUGGGUGUUAGGAUUUUACUCGUCAUCGGCUGCGAGCCCCGAUUCACAGCGACAGGAAGUGGCUCUGUUUGCUCUCACCAGCACAAACUCUGCCUGUGUUUGUCUCUCAGCACUGCUCCCUGUUGCUUCGGCCUCUUUGUUUCUGAACAUUGUGACUUUGGAAUGUCAGAACCUCCAAAAAUGUUCAGUUUCCACUUUUUUUCCCCCCCUCACUCAUACUCUGUCCUCACGGCGCAACCGCAAUUGCGUUUGUUGCCUGGCAACGGCAGCUUAUUGAACAUUUUAUCAGGAAGUAUUGAGAUCAACUGGGAGCACGUCAGCGGUUCAGAGGAAUAAUUAGUUGUAAAUAGAUGCCUGUGGAAAAACAGGCUCAGCAGUAGCUAGGGGGUUUAAUAAAGAAUGAGACAAGUAGUGUGGCUAAAAGCUCAAACUGAAUGCUGCCUAAAAAUGUCACGCACAAGAAAAGAAAGCUGUGAAAACGGGCAUCAUAAAACACGCGUUUCCAGGCACUUUAAACCACUUAUGUUACUUUUAUCUCCUUUUAGAUGUGUGCUUUACAGGAAGUCUGACUGGUUAGCAUGUCAGUGUGAACUAAAGAUGACAGGAAUAUAAGUUCAUGUGUUAAGUUUGACUGUGACGACUUGAUGCCCUCCACAAGUUACAAAUGAAUAAAGUAAAGAGAAAUUCAGAUUUUUAUUGCAGCAGCUAAAAAUUUCACCCUGAGAAAUGUUAGAAAAUCCAACCUUUAUUUUAAGAAUAGUUAUUAAGUUGGAAAAAGUCUGGCAUUUAGAUUAAAGUUACUGUCAUACCUAACAACUUCUUCAACAUAAUUUAAAUGUAAAUCAAUCGUUUUCAUUGAUCUCUGUGUUUAGAAACAUUUUAUUAGUAAUACAAGAUUUCCUGUCAGUCACUUCAUCACGACGUCAUCCGAGUAGAGCAGGCAUAAAUAAAUCAGAAAACAACAAAACAUCCACAGUCAGAGUAAUAAUCAAAAAGUUUAAAGCAGACCUAGGAAGAGCUAAACUGGGGUAUUUUAUUCAGAGAUAGAUCAUUUACUGCAGUCUUGUUCCUGAGUCGUUCUUAAAAGAUAAAUCCAUAAACACUGAUGUCAGUGAAAAUAAGAGAUUAGUUUAAAUGUUUGUAUGUAAACAAGACCUAAAGCACGCAGAGCUGAAACACUCUGUAAUUAUAACUGGAUGUCUGGGUUCCUGCUGUGUCUACUGCAGGCUGAAAUACACGUUUGAGAAGUUUUUCAAUAUUUCCACCAAAAGGAAAUAUUGUGAGGUUAUUUUUGUCCUAUUUUAAAAGGAAUGUGCUGUAAAUCAUUUGAUAGUGUCGAGUUUUCUCAUAGAGCAAUGAAGAAAUUACAAGAACAGCCCAGUUUAUGCAUCAAAAUGCAUGGAGUGUUUAUUAUCAGGGACUAAUAAGAAAAUACCUAAAAUCCCAGCAUGCAUUGAGCUGGAUGACAGCUGCAAAGACAAGUCAACACAAUCUUUGAAGUUUGUUAUUAUAACUUUACAUUUGUCAUACAAAUUCAUUUUCUUUGUCUUGGACCGUUGAGAACUGGAUCAUUAAGUCUGAGUUUAGUUUUUCUUUUGCCCUCUUAACCUUUUAUACAUACCGCUGUAUUCUUAAGCAGUAAAUAAAUUCACCAUCAGAGCUCAAUGUUUAAAAUUUGGACUUUUGUUUGGAUUCAUCCUCCAAACCUCAGUCAGUCUGUGUUAAAGCAAAGGGAACUGGAGCUGCAUUUGCACCUUCAGGCAGGUUGUUGGUGUGACGAAUCAAAAAUAGAGCUUUCUAAAUGCUAGCAUUUUAUAAGUAGCAGUAAAGUGAUACAGUCACUUUGACUGGUUUAGGCUUUUUACUGUAGAAAGAAAUGACCUAAAUUGAUUCAGAAACGUCUUAAAGUGUCCAACCAGUGAUGGCCGACUUCACACUGUUUACAACCCAUUCCUGCUUCACACAGACAGAAGGAAAAGCAUCUACUGGUAUCCAUAAAACUCAAUGGAAUAAUAGACGUGUUGAACAUUAUAGGAGAAAAUAAGGAAUUAAAUGUGAAUAUGUUUAGAAAUGCAAAUGAACUUCCUUCUGUUCAUCCAUCCAUUUUUCAAAGACUUAAGUCCUAAACUGACUCAAAUGAUCCUGAAAAGACAUUUUGGAAGACUAUGAUUUUUUUGUAAUUUUAUUUCUUUUGUUUUUUAUUUUGUUAUGAGCGAUGUGGUUUUUACCCCUAUAGGCCCAUGGGAGCGCCUGUUUCUCUUUGAGAAGAGUAGAAACAGUAACGACUUACCAAAACUCCUUAAAAACAUGAUGGAUUUUUGCAUUUUCUUUAAAAGAGCCAAACAGGGGGCACAAGAUGGGCUAGACAUGUUGACAAAGUUGCAGCUCAUGAAAGAGUCUCAAACCUUCUACUAAAAACCACAGGAUAUCUAAACAGUUUGUCAAAACUUCGUUUGAAGUCAUCAUCUUGUUGAGAAAGAUUUAUUAUUCAUAAUUCUGCUCACUUCUUUGCUAAUUAGAUGAGUUGAACAUUCCUCCUGAUAGAAUCAAAAGACGGUUGUUUCAUCCCGUCACUUGGCAAGUUUUUUUUUUAAUUGUAAACCGAUUUCCGAACACUUUCAAGCACCAACUUCCCAGAUGGCUCCUUGUGAAAAACCAUCUGCUGCAUCACUUUAGUUCAGUAUUACAAAGCUGUAUGUUUGACUCAACUGCUGCUGCUGCAUGACACACUUUGCAUAUGAGAUCAGCUGGAGGAGAAUAUUAAAGACAAAACACACGAGCGACGUUCUGGGACGGUGAACUCGGUGGCCGGUACUUUGUGGACGCUACUCUCGCUAAACGUAGAGUUUGCAUGAUGAACUACUUCUGAGUAUAAUAGCGGACUAAUAAAUGCUUUGCAUAGUGACUGCUUUGAGUAUGCGCAGGCAAUUGGAUGCUUUAAUUUCCCAGCAGUGCUCCCUGCCUCUGCUGUUUCAUUGCUGUGCUCUGUGGCGUGUUACUGCCACCUGGAAUAACGCUGAAGCAUUGGCAGGAAUGUAAAUCACACCACUCAUGUGUGUUUGUGUUUGUAGGGGGAGAAAAAAUGAGAAAUGUCUCAUAAAAAUGUGCAGAGACGUGAAUUUAGAGCACAUCUAUUGUUUUAAGAUGAAAGCAAAAGAUGAGAUCCUCUGCUUGUGAUAUAGGAUGUAAUUAUGUAACAGCUCUGCGGCUACGGAGCUUUUGCUGAACUUGCUACUCUGUAAGUACGGGCAGGAACUAAGCAGUUACUGUGGAUAUCUUUUGCAGGACCUCAACUCCUUUCCUUUGUAAAAUGUCAACAUUUUAUGCAACUGCAAUUCAUCCUUGUAUGCUGGGAUUACUGUCAGCGGGGACCGCGAGGAAAGAUGUUUCUCACUUCCUGUCUGAAUGGCAGCAGCAGACAAAAAGCCCUCCCUGUGUGAUUCAGAUGGCCUGACAGCUAAACCUGACAUUUGCUGCAGAUAUUUUAGAUAAAACCCCAAAAGGAACAACAGUUCAAAUCCGAAAAUAAAAAAAGCUACAAAACAACAACAGUCUGCUCUAAAUACUUAUGGAUGGAUUUAACUUUUUAUUUGAAGUGUUUAGCUUAUUAGACUGUUCUGGCUGCUGUUUUAGCUACUCAACUGAGACUAGAACCGAAAGAAGGUUAGAUAUAAUGUGAGGAAAAAGGGAAUAGAAGAGACAAGGAUGAGGAGAGACUGAAAAAGGUGGGAGGGAAGGAGAAGAGAGCGGCAAAGCCCAGUUGUUUGAAUAAAAAUGAGGCUGGGCGUGGAGAGAUUACUCUUUCUUUUUUGUCUUUCCGUCUGUGCGUUCCCAUCCACCUUCUCCUCCUAAUGCCAACAGUUUACUCUGCUUCCAGUCCACAUCCCCACAGCCUGCUUUGAACAGUUUGAAGGAAAGGAAGUCGUUCUAUUUUAGAUGGAAUCUUCUAAAAAGAAAAAAAAAACAUUUUGAACUCGUAUCUCCUGAGCUACACUGGCACAUAUCCUUUUUUUUUUUUUGUUUUAUCAGAAACCCCUGCAGUAUUUCAGUUUUGUUUUUGAUUUUAAGUGUUUAAAACUCUCAACCUGCUUUUCCUCCUGGUGCAUUUCCUGUCUAGAUUCAUCAGAGUAAACUUACUCAUGCACAGCACAAACAAAAAUGUUAAUUUUACAGAUUUUAAGACUUUAUCCUCUCCAAAAGAAAGCAUUUUUUUUCUCAGAGUUUUGACCAUAGGGUGUUUUUUAACAGUUUUAAAAAAGAAAAUUAAAUUUGAUUUAUACAUCUCUCAAUAAGGCUAGUAAUUCCUAUUUUGUCCUCUUGAGUUUUUCACACGUUAUUUUACUGUUUUCUUUUGCUUAAAACAAAUGAAAAUGUCAGCAUGCCUAUUCAUCCAAUAAAUAUAAAAUAUUCUUUAUAACUAAUUAGUACUUCAUGGCACAAUCUCAAUAUGAUAAAAAUAAUAACAUCUAAGUUUUAGUACAGCUUCACAAAGACACAAGCACGACUGUCGAGCAUUAAUCACUAAAAUAUUCUAAAACUGCAAAAAGCUAUAAUAAUAAAUAUAGGUAUGAACUAUGUUUUCUAAACUGUGAACACAAUAAUUCAUUUUACAAAAUAUUGAAUUACUUUGCUGUUUAAGUUUUAAAAUGUUUUGUAAAUUUAAGUUCAAUUCAAACUGUCUUAUACACGACUCUGUUUUCUAUUUCUAAUUUUCUCAUGCUGAUGUAUUUUUGUUCUCCUUGCUUGCCAUACUUCUUAUGUCUGUAAAGUAAAAUUUCUCUUAAAAAAAAAGAAAAAAUGGUUAAUUGUAUUUUGCCUUUCUAUGUUUGCCUACAAUUGCUGUUCCACUUGUUGGCGGCUCGUCUGUUGAGCGUCCCACUCUGCUGUAAUAUAACUCUGUAAUAUAAGGGGAGUUUGCACACACGUGCAUUUUGUGUGGCUGUAACAUGACGUGUGGGUGUGCUGUUGUUCGGUGUACAGUAACAUGUUUGUACAUUGUGUGUUUGUAGCUGUGGACUUUUUGACUCUUACAUUUACAAUGAACUGAUUGUCAAUAAAGAGGACAAACUGAA